CCACAUUCUUCUUUCACGCACAUUCUCUCUACAGAUACGAAUAGUCAUGCCUCGCGAUCCUUUGAUUGGCCUGGUAGGCAAACCCUCGUCUGGAAAAUCGACAACACUGAACAGCUUGACAGACGCAACCUCAAAAGUCGGAAACUUCCCCUUCACAACGAUCGACCCACAACGAGCCAUCGGCUACCUCCAAAUAGAGUGCCCUUGCGCACGUCUCGGUCUCGCCGACCGCUGUAAACCCAACUAUGGCGCAUGUAUAGAUGGCCGCCGCUCUGUACCGAUCGAACUCCUCGAUGUCGCCGGUCUCGUACCUGGUGCGCACAUGGGCAAGGGCCUAGGAAACCGCUUCCUCGACGAUCUGCGCCACGCCGAUGCCCUUGUACACGUCGUCGAUGUAUCCGGAACCACAGACGCAGAAGGCAAAGCCACACGAGGUUACGACCCCAGUCAAGACAUCGUAUGGCUGCGCAGCGAAAUCGUUCGCUGGAUCCAAGGCAACUUGAUGGAGAAAUGGGGCAGCAUCAAGCGUCGUCACAUCGCCGUAAAGGCAACACCCAUCGAGACCCUACAAAACCAGUUCUCAGGCUACGGCUCCACCAGCGCAGUCGUAGCGCGCUGUCUGGACAAACUCGGCCUGCUAAGCGGCACAACGAAAGUUCCGCUCGAGCACUGGGACGACGAGACAAUAGAGCGCGUUGUCAACGCUUUCACGGACGAGAAGUUCCCUACGGUGAUUGCGCUGAAUAAGAUCGACCACCCGGAUGCGGAUAAGAAUAUUGCGAAGAUUGCGAAAAGCGCGGAUCCGAAGAGUAUUGUACUGUGCAGUGCGAUUAGCGAGGUGUUUUUAAGGAAGUUGGCGAAACAGGGGUUUGUCAAGUAUGUGGAGGGGAGUGAGUUUGUGGAUACAAGAGACGAUUUGAUUGAGAUGGGCGAUCCUACAGGUGGCGGUCUGAAGGAACUCGACGAUAAACUCAAGCAGCGGAUUGAGAACCUGAAGGAUAUGGUUCUAUACCGCUUUGGCAGCACGGGCGUCGUGCAGGUUCUGUCUCGCGCUGCUGAGCUACUGGGUCUCGUACCUGUGUUCCCGGUCAGGAAUAUCCAGAGCUAUUCCUCGGGGUCGGCGGCGAGCACGGCGGUGUUCAGGGAUUGCGUGCUGGUCAAGAAGGGGAGUACGGUUGGCGACGUGUACAGGAAGGUCAUGGGCGAUGCGCCGUUGGCGUAUGUCGAGACUGAGGGCGCGAGAAGGGUGGGUGAGGACGAUGUUGUGAGCGUGGGAAAGAACGAUAUCCUGAGCUUCAAGGUCGGGAGGGCGUAGAACAAGCAGUAUGGAGGAUGUCUAUGGU